CAAGACGAGAAUUUACGAGAGGAAAAUAGCUUUGCCGACAUUGUUUGAACAAAGGAGCGAAAUUUUCUAAUUUUCAGUCAAAACAUGAUGCAACAACCACAUGGUCAGCAUAGGUUUCCACAACCUGGACCACAAGUUAGGCCCUACCAGCAGCCGGGAUAUCCUGGGGGACCUCCAAGACCAGGUGGCUAUGGCCCAGGGCCUCAGAUGGGGCCAGGGGGACCUCGAAUGAUGAGCCAUGGGGGCAUGCCUCCACAUCCAUAUGCAGGAGGAUCUCCGAGUUCUAAGAGUGCUCGGUCUGAAAAGUCCAAGGAGAGCUCGGCUCGUGAUAAAACCAAAGAUAUGGGCUCCAUGCGGCCAGGAAUGUCACCAGGAAUGCACCCUCCUCCCCAUGGAAUGCAGACCCCCCACGGGAUGGACAGGAAGAGACCUCCUGACCCCAGGGGCACCCCCCAGCAGAUGAAACAGGCGAAAAAGAAGAAGAAAGUUGCUGACAAAAUUCUACCUCAAAGGGUGCGUGACCUGGUGCCAGAGUCGCAGGCUUACAUGGAUCUGUUGGCCUUUGAGAGGAAGCUGGACGCCACUAUUAUGAGAAAGCGGCUUGACAUACAGGAGGCGCUCAAAAGACCCAUGAAGCAAAAGAGAAAAUUAAGAAUCUUCAUUUCCAACACAUUUUACCCGGCAAAAUCAGAAGGAGAGGAUGGGGAUGAAACUGUUGCAUCAUGGGAACUAAGAGUAGAAGGGAGACUACUGGAGGAUGCAGCCAGUGCUAAGCUGAACGACUCCAGCAAAAUGAAGCGGAAGUUCUCCUCCUUCUUCAAGAGUCUGGUAAUAGAACUGGACAAGGAACUCUAUGGACCGGAUAAUCAUCUUGUGGAGUGGCAUAGGACUCCAACAACCCAAGAGACUGAUGGGUUCCAAGUCAAACGCCCAGGGGACCAGAAUGUCAAGUGCACAGUCCUUCUGAUGCUUGACUAUCAGCCCCCUCAGUUUAAGUUGGACUCUCGGUUGGCCCGCAUUCUUGGUGUUCACACCCAGACUCGCUCGGUCAUCAUCAACGCUCUGUGGCAGUACAUCAAAACUCACCGCCUCCAGGACCAUCACGAGCGCGAGUACAUCAACUGUGACAAAUACCUAGAACAGAUUUUUGAGUGCAAAAGAAUGAAGUUUGCUGAGAUUCCAGGGAAACUUCACGGUUUGUUGAUGCCCCCGGACCCCAUCGUCAUCAACCACGUCAUUACUGUGGAGGGACCAGAUGCCAGGAAGACGGCCUGUUAUGACAUUGAUGUAGAAGUGGAUGACACACUAAAACAACAGAUGAAUUCUUUCCUCCUGUCAACAGCCAGCCAACAUGAAAUCGGGUCACUGGACUCCAAGAUCCAUGAAACCGUGGAGACGAUCAAUCAGCUGAAAACCAACAGAGAGUUCUUUUUGAGCUUUGCCAAGAAUCCUCAGGAGUUCAUCAACAACUGGUUGAUUUCGCAGUCAAGGGACCUCAAGACAAUGACCGACGUAGUGGGUAACCCCGAGGAGGAGAGGCGGGCCGACUACUACUACCAGCCCUGGUCCCAGGAGGCAGUGUGUCGCUACUUUUACAGCAAGGUCCAACAGAGGAGAAUGGAACUGGAGCAGGCUCUAGGAAUACGCAAUUCUUGAAGAUCACAAUCUGUAGGUUUCUUGUGUGACGCUGUUAAACUGUGACAUGGUGUCGAAAAAUCUAGGUGCUCUGUGAGUUUUACUUAAAGUGUUCAGGAGACAGCAACUGAAGUGUGAACAUGUGAUGGAUAUCGAGACGGAAAAUUAUCUUUGUUGUGUGAAGUUCCCCUAAUAACUCUUCAUUAGCUGACAGUCCAACGUUCUGUGAAUCAUUUUGACUGUCUUACUAUUUGAUUCCACUGCCAUAAUAUUUGUUGUGUAGUAAGAUAAAAUAAGAUUGGUAAAGUUGAUUAAAUUAACGAAAAAUAUUUUUAUAUUCACAAGGAAAGGAAAACAUUUAAUUUUGUUGCAGAUGCAGCUCACCUUUUUAUCUUUUUUUUUUUUUUGGGGGGGGGGG